AUGAUCAUUGAAGUGAAGUAAGUGUGAGUUCUGUUGCUGUGUUUUUAAAAUGCUAUUUGGGAUAAAAUGUGAAUAAAUAUAUAUAUUUUUGUACAAUUACCCUUGUCUGAUUCACUCUUUGCCUCUAGAGUGCAGUAUUGUUUUUGCUUGCUUGAUUGUUGUGAUUCAGGUUUACUCAUACUGAAGUGCUGUGGGGGGUGCUCUCAUAAGGAAACAAGGAGAAAUUCCUGACAUUGUUCCUCUUUCCACCCUGACCAAACUAAAGUGUAGUGUAUCAGAAUCCUGCUAAAUGGCUCUGAUUUCAGCCAAAUGUCCUCAAAGGCGGAAAUAUGUGUAACACUGAUACAAACAAUUCAGUUAGCUGUAACAGAAUACAGAUAAAACGUGGAGUUUGAGUUACAAUCAUUAAGUCAUCCCUGAACUCUACAUCAGUCAAGCAUGAUUUUCAUUUCACUUUUUCAUUUUCAUUUUAUUAAUCAACUCAACACAUAAUAAAAAAUAAACAAGAGCUGCAGGCCAACAUGCCAUACCAAAAAACGAACAGAAAAGACCACAUUAAUUAACAUUUAUUCACAAAUCACACAUACUAAGACCUUGAUUAACGUAUUUCCAUGUAUUUUUCACCAUUACAUGAGUUGUUGUUGUUGCUGUUGUUUUAAUCUUGCUACUGUCCCCUGUCCCUCUCUCUCUCACCCUAGUUCUCUACUCUCUCUCCCUCCCUCCCUCUUACCUGUUCUCUCUCUCUCUCUCUCUCUCUCUCUCCUUCCCUCUAUCUUGCUCUCUUUCUCUCUCCCUAUCCUCUCCUUCUCUCUCUGUCUCUCUCUUUCUCUCUCUCUCUCUCUUUGUAUUCCUCCCCAACCCAGCAGCAGCCUGGUGGCUGUCUAGCAUGACUCUGCUCCUACCCAAGGUUUCUGCCUGUUAAAAGAAAGCUUUUCCUUGCCACUGUCACUCAUGUUAGUUAGUAGAAGUCAGCAGCUCAGUGAUGCUCUCACUAGCUUUGCUGCCAAUGCAUGGAUUGCAGGACAGGAGUUUUCAUUACCUUUUUGUAUCAGAGAUGGUUGGGGUCCAGUAGUCCCCCAGUUUGUUCACACAUCUGUGUCUAAUAAUAGAGACUCUAAACAGACUUCUUGGGGACAUGCACCUGGCAAAAAUCCUCCAAUGACAAUGAAAAAGGUGAACAGAGGCGGUGAGAAUUUGAAGCAGCACACUUGUUGCAGAUAAAUGAUUGAUUUGAAGAGGAAAACAAAAAGGUGAUGUAGCUGGUUGUCCACCAAGUAGAGCAGACUACUUUGUGUCAUCAUAAUUUGUCAGAAUAUUUAUGGAUGGGAGUUUUUGACACAAUUAAGUCAUAAAAUAUCCUAUGCCAUUGAAACAGCUUUCGCUGACAAAAGUAAUACUGUCUUCUAAUGGAGCGCUCACACCAAGCGUGAGUAAAAACAUCUAACAUGACUAUGAGAUGGGCCAGACCCCAUUUUAGGUUGGGUCUUGAUAUUUCAUCAAACAAUGAGCGCGGCCUAGACCUGCUCUGUUUCUUUGAAAGCGUCUUUGGAUGACAACUGUUGUGAAUUGGCGCUAUAUAAAUGAAAUUUGAUGAUGAUUUGAUGGUAUUUACUCAACAUACUGGCAUUGACACUUUUUUUUUUUGAAGAUAACAUUUGAUUUAGCUUCUUUAUUUUCUUUGUUCAGAUUGCUCCACAAACUUACUCCUCUUACUGAUUCAUAGAAAUCAGGUGAUUUUGACCACCAUGUUUUGUACACAGCUCACACACAUGUGGAAGAUAUUUAUGGGAAGUGGUAGUGGUUUUAUGUGCCAAUAGUUUUGUCGUGUUGGUGAGGAAUGCUGUUGCUUUACUUCCCCAAGAAACACUGUUUCCUCUCUGUCUAUUGUUCUUGGGCAAUCAAUGAAAUGACAUCAGUGUGUGUGUGUGUGUGUGUGUGUGUGUGUGUGUGUGUGUGUGUGUGUGUGUGUGUGUGUGUGUGUGUGUGUGUGUGUGUGUGUGUGUGUGUGUGCAAACUGAGAGAGAGGGAGCGACAGGCGGAAAAAAUGGGAGGAGAGAGGAGGCAGUGGGUGGUAGCCUAUUUAUUCUACUACUGCAACAAUUUAAAUCCCCCUUUAGUCUUUGAAUGAUUGUAGUCUUACUCAGAUUAGUCCGUGUGAUUGAAAAACAUCAGAUGUAUCCCGAAUCAAGCUGCGCCGUGAAGAGACACCUGUAACAGAGGAGGAAUUCCGCUUGCGCCGUCAUUACGGUAAAGCCGCUUGUUGAUCCCGCCCUCUCUUUUGAUAGAAAUCUCGGUGAUGUCGCUUCGUCUUUAACGAGCUUGACCCAGAACCCAGGGAAGGAGGGGAAAAGAGGGGAGAAAACACACUAAAAAACGGAAUAGUCUGGAGGGGGACGAGGCGGCAUUUUUAACCAGCAGGUGAGUCAACACGUAAAUGUUAUCAGCGGGGUGAUAUAGCUUGGUUAACCGUGUUUUAUCACAUAGAUAGUGCGAGUACUGCAGCGUUGGCAAGGAGUGGUCACAUCACCGACAGAUCAGCUACACGACUCUGCUGUGAGGCUAACGAUGCUAAUGUUCAAGUUUAGGCGGUGUUGCGUGGUUAAGACGCCCUACCUUACACACAGUUGAGCACAGCCCAUGAUAUUACAAGAUAAAUUUGUUAACUCGGUCUAAAUUUCCCUCCCCUGUCUGCUCGGGCGCUAACUUCAGCUCUAACGGCUAAUCUGUGUUUGCCAUGCUAACAUGCUAGCUGUGGUUGCUGGCACGGCUCGCAGUCGCCUCCUAUGUGGGUUAUUGUGAUGCUAACGUAGCAAGACAGCCAAACCAGGUCACACGGGUGCUGAGAGAGCACGCUAACCAACUGGGCUUGAUUUGAUCUCCAACAUUGUCAUUUAUGUGAGCUGUAACGCCGAGAUUACUCCAUGCUAAAAUACUCGAGUCUUUUGUUCGUGAGAGUCAUUUUUAUACCCAAAGUCUUUGUGUUCUCGCCUCUGACUGACUGACUGACUGUGUGUGGUUAAUACUAGCAGAUCCAUACGCUGCUCAUGCCCUACAUUACUGCACUGCGUUAGCAAAUCAUGUUAUAAUUAUUAUAAUAACUUUAUUUGUAAAGCACUUUUAAAAACAGAAGUUUACAAAGUGCUUUGACAUAUAGUUAUAGACAGAUAAAAACAAAAAAGCUCAGUUAAAACCAGAUUGAAGGCCAUUUUCAGACAAUAUAAGAACCAUGCAAGAUAAAAUGAGACUAUGAGGACCAAAAUAAAAACAUAAAAUAGUUAAGAAAAGAGAAAAUGUAAUUAAAAGGGGGGUCAAAAGUGUAGACAGGAUCGUAAAUUUAAAAGGCAAUAUCAACAAUGAUAAUAAAAUAACAACAGGUAAUACUUAUGAUUAUAGUAUAAUAAAAUAGAGCAACAGGAAUGAGCAAUGUAAGACCUAAAAGGUUAAUUGAGAAAAGAGUGCAAGUAUAACAAAAGGUAAAAAGAAAGUAAAGCCAAAAUAAGAUAAAGGUAGAAGAGAUGACAGAUAAAAGAUAAAUGUCAGGCAGUGAGAUUUUGCUCCAGAUGGUUCACGACAGUGUCUGCUCGAAGGAGAGCUUUCUUCAGGGAAUACAAGUUAACAUGCAAAUAUGAGAGUCAGGUUGGUCAGGACCCUGAAGUAAACCGUCUUUGGUUCUUCAGAAAUGUACAGAAAACAUAGUUAAAAUGUCAGCCAGCGCUGCAGCUGAUAUCUAAGCGCAGACAGUCUAAACAGUUCAUGUAAACAAGUUUAAGUUUGUAGUUUAAGGGUAAUAGGAAAUCUCUUUUCUUGAUUAAAAUGUCGACACUGUUUUGUGUUUUUGUGUAUUUCUGUGAAGGGUAGUGGUCUUCCAGUAGUCUAUCACCAUGCUUGUGUUUGAAGUUACCAGCCUGCCAUGAACCUGUUGGGUGGGUCCUGUUUGGACUUGUUUUGGGUGGGGAUAACUGUCAGCCCGAGUGUGAACAACUAAACUAGCUAUUCCCAGUAAACAUAGGUUUACUGCAGGUACACACUGCACUAAAGGUAAGCACCAUGCCCGUGGGCUUUGAGGAGUAUAUCCUGGUUUGUAUUUGUACAGUAUAAGUAACGGGGUCAGAGCUGCAGGUGCCACCUCUCAUAACCUCACAUCUGAUCGUCAAUCUUCUCCUGCUACUUAUCUCCAAGACAAGUGACCGUUUGAUUGUUGAUAUAUGCCCUCAAUGCCAGCUGCAUUGUGUCUGCUGUCUUGAGGUGUCUAGGUUAAUCCGGAAGGGGUCUAACCUGUGUUUGUGUGUCUGUCAGUGCGUGCAUUUUAACAUUGUGUGUAUGUGUUAGGAGGUAAGUGGAUUAGCGGGCUAAAGCUUCAAUCCCAUUACAAGCCUCAUUCUGCUUAAACAAGCGCUGGUGGAAUCACACUGACAAACUUAUUGGCAAACUUGUUGCCUGGAGAUGUGCUAACAGGUGUGUAUUUUGACAGAGAAGGUGCUGUUUCAGCCGGAGUUUGUCGAUGGCAGGUGUUGGCCUGUGUUGUGUUAGCCAGAGUUUCAUUAAGUCCACAAAGGUUGCGCUGUUGGUUCACAACAGUGCGUAUGACUACAGAUGUCUUUUGACAUGGCUGAGUGAGUCAUGCUGAUGGACGGCUGCAGAAUCAGAUGGAAGUAUGUGACUCGUGGUGAGUCAGGACUCAAUCAGAUGUUGAAGGAGUGUGUGUGUGUGUGAUGUUGACCUCAGGGCACUGCUUCACAUAUUGACCUCGACACACUACGCUUCAGAUUUUGACCAUUUGUUUGUGAGGUUUUCAGGGUGAUAGAAUUUUAAAUUUUUUAGUUCCUUAUUCCAAGACUAAAAUUUAUAACAUGUCUGUUUGAAACUAAACAAUAAAACUAACAAUUGAAUAUUAAAGUAAAUCUUAAUACAAGUUUAUCUUGAGAUGAAUGCUUAAAAAAGACAAAUAAUCUGAAGCAUUAUAUGAUUAUUGUUAAUUUUGCUGCUUUUCUUUGUUCACUUUAUUUAGACAGACUAAAAUUUAUGACAUUUUUGUUUUCAACUAAUGCUAAAAAUUAAAUAUAAUAGUAAAUCUUAGUACAAGUUUGUCUUGAGAUGAAUGCUUAAAAAAGACAAAUAAUCUAAAGCAUUAUAAGAUUAAUGACGAUUAUUGUUAAUUUUGCUGCUUUUCUUUGUUUACUUUGGAUUGUAAAUGAAAAGUUGGAGCUCAGGUUCAUUGUCAUAUUAAUAAAUAAACAUGUCCUGCAAUAAAAAAAAAACACUAAAAUAGCAACAGUUAGUUUCACAUCCUGAGAAAAUGUCCCCGUUGACCUAGUGAUAUGAUUAUAACAAUGGUGAAACUAAUCGGUUCAGCAACAAAGUGAAGUGUUGUAACUAUAAAAAAGUAUAUACGAUGAUUCAGCUAUGUAGGUCUGCUGAAAUUACCUCUAAAAGGUUAUAAAAGCAGAACAGAAAACCGAACAUGCAGAACAAUAUUAGCAAAAUAGGAACCAGUAUGCGGUCGUAUGAUCAUCACAUCUACCGUGGGGGAUUUUCACCGCAAAAGGAGGAAGCCAACCAUCAUCAGCCGGUGGUUUAUUAAAGUUUUAUCCUUAUAUGCUGUAAUGGUUUGUGGAAAGGCAGUCCCUUCAAGGAAAAGGUUAUUGGCGAGCUUAAGUAGCCGCAGCAUCCCUUUAACUCCUCUCUGAAGUCGAAUCCAUAACAUCCUGUUUCUCCGGAUGUGGGUAACAGGGGAAAGGGGAGGGGAGGGGCAACAGACCUGCACUGAUUGUUUUCAUUGUUCAACGAAACUCGCUGCUGACUUUCAAGGCCAAAACUCACAGCUGUUAAAGAGGGAGACGGGUGGAGGAUGCAGGUCACAAGUGACUUUCUGUGACAGAAACAUUAGAGACACAGAUGAGACUGAAAUGUGUCAGAUAAUGUCCUCGUCACCCUCCUACUCUUUCUCGCACUUGCGUUCCUGGUACUGGUUGCACAAACUUCUUAUUGUUCCACUAAACUCCCAGACUGACAGCUGCAAAUUCCCUCCCCUAGCUGCGGUUUAAACACACACACAAAUGCUCACACACACACACACACACACACACUUCGACUUAAAAAUAACAUUCCCUUGUACACAUGCCAAGAAAUAUCAAUCACAGUUUAUCAUUUUUCUUGUAUGAAUGGCGGUCACACUCAUUAGUGAAAUAAGAUAGCAUGUUAAUCUGAGAUAAGAGGAGGAGGCGGUGUUUACAGAAGGCUAAUUAACAUGGAAACAAGCCAGACGAGGAGAGAAUUGACUCUAUAAUUGUUAUGUUUUUCUGUGUUUGGGGUAUUUUAUUCCAGUUAUCUCGCCACGGACUGCUGUGAGAGUACAGUAAACACAGAUUUCUAUUAGCUUGUGUCAAUUUAAGGUCAUCCAACACGGUGUGAGUGGGUGGGCUGCUGUGCUGAAUUGACAUGAAACAAUCCCAGGAAUGCAAGAUUAGCUUUUAUCUUGUUUUCAGCACUUCUAUCUGUCUCAUGACCCCCCUCCUGUUUACGCUCCACUUUACCCUCUCACUCUCCUGAAAGACAGUUUUAUUUGUUUGCAGCUCCCGCUCUGCCGUCUCUUUCUGACUGUCUGUCUGUAGCGGAUAAUAUCAGCCUUGUCCUGGCUAUGACCAUAUAUAGGCAUGUGUGCUACAGGACAGCAGUGUGUGAUUUGCUCAGGUGGGAGGUUAUGGCUCAGGGGCGACACAGCCACUGGGAGAGAGCUAAUGUGAGUGUGCGCAUGUGACGUCAUGUCUUCCUGUCAGUCCUCCAUGCAAAUCCUGGUUUUGGUUCUUCUGAAUUCCUUUGUCUUGUGAAAUAUGUUUCAGCCACUCCUCAUUUUCUCAUCAGGCCAUCCCACUUUCCUCCCUUUUUUCCCACACUAGUGGUCACACCCCGACUGAGGACUUAACUUUUUCUUUUUUUUUUUUAACAUCAUAUACAUGUGUGUGUUAGUCAUUUGUUUAACGGACACACAGGAACACACUCCGCCUCUUGUGUAGUGAUGUGUGUUUGUCUAAAGGUGAAGUCAUCCUGUCUGGGGUUGUGUUCCUCUUUUUGUUUGCAUAGUUGCAAACAGGUGCGAAUCAUUUAUCACCAUCUUUUUACUUCACCCAUUACUCCUGUGCUGCGUGUCUUUAUUUGCACUUGUUAACACUGGACCUGUCAUGUCCACAAACACCUGCUGCUCGACUGUAAAUGCAGGUCUCUAUUUGAUCCCAUAUCGCUGCAAAGUUACAAUCAGGAGUGUGUCUGUGCUUGUUGGACAGACAGAGAAAGACAGUGAGAACCCACCCCCACCCCCACCUCGUCCAACCGGUCGUGCAGGUGUGUUCGUGCGUGUAUGUGGGUGGCAAAGCCUGGGUUGAUCCACCUUUUUAAAGCCUGUGCUGAUGGGGAGCCGUGCUGCCGCUGCUGCUGCUCCUUCAGAGGUUGUACCAACAGAUAAAAGGAUCUAAGACUCCACUUGUUUGUUUGGCUCUGAUAUAACAAUGUCUUUCACUGAGAGCACAGCCAAGAUAACAAAGAAUAAGGGGGCGGGGGAUGAAGAGAAGCUAAGUCAAGAUAACAAGAGUGCUGGACGGAGAGUUGAGCCAGAGGUACUGUAGAUGAGGACUGAUAUGAGAGAAACACUAGGAGAGAAGACGGCUUAGCCAAAUUGCAGGAGGAGAGAUAAGGGAAGUGUGGUUCUCUUUUGGAUGUUUCUAUCUCUAAAACCUGCGCUCUCUUUCUGCUGACGGUCAACGUUCUCCGUCCCAAAAAGCUGCAGGUUGGUCCACUUCCCACAGCUAGCUACCGCACACGAGCCAAAUGUUGUGUAAAUAUAGGGUGUGUCCCAACGCAGGAACUACUGUAUACCCCUGUCUCUCGCUAUUUUCCUGCACACUGAGCAAAUACAACCCUGCUGACACACAUGUACGACAUUCUCACUGUGCUGCUGUUUUUCAGAUAGAGGUGCCUUCGCUCUUUCUAAAACAUUUCUCGUCUUUCUCCUUCUUCUCUUCCUUUCCUCUUCUCUCUCUGCAGUUUAGUCCUCCCUGUUUCUGGGCUUGGUGGCUCUGUGACCUCCUCCCCCAUGAGCAACUAGAGCUCAACCUCUGACCUUGGCGUGAUCUCUCACCUCUACUACCAGACCACGCCCACAGGUGAAGGUGUGUAUCCCCUGAUUUUCUCUGAACUUUGCUUCAACAGUGUGCUGCUUUUGUUCUGCUCGGUGCUUCAAACUGCAAAUCCAAGCAGACCCCCUUUGAUUGUGUCUUUUUAUGAAGCAUCCCUCACAAAGUGCAAAGGAGGCCUCUCUCUCUCUUUCUGUUGAACAUGGCGCAUCCUCUUUGUUUGACGGUCUUUUGUGUAAAACUGUGGAUCUGUGCAUCACUAAAACAUGCUACUCAGUGAUCCGUAGGUUAGCUAAUCUAUGAUGUGUUAGCUUUGGAUAUUCAGCUAUUACUUUUUGUUCACAAUUUGGUCAAGCACUCAAAUCCUGAGUAUCCAAGCAACCCACUAUUUAUUAUCCUGUAAGAUCAGUACAGUUCAUUAGAGUCGACCUGCUGCUAAGGUUUUUCUAUUGAUCGUUCUCUGUAGUUUGUAUGUAAAAGAAUAUUUUUGGAUACAAGAGUGAAACGCUGAGAUUGCUCUUUCAUGCAUGAAGUGGCGAUAUAAAUGUAACUAAUAUUGUGAUGUGAAUAAUAUUAAAGGGAUAGUCAGUCGUAAAAUUAAGUUAGGGUCAAACACACCGUAAAACUGAGUCAGAUACCCCCUUGAGAGAUGAAUGUUGCUGACCACUUGCUUCUCUAGUUAUACCAACUUCAGUAACGACCACACAAUAGCAAUACACAACAGUCUGAGGAGCCAUAAACAAACCUCAACCAAAACGCCACUCUAUAGCCACAAAUAAUGCUCAGAACAGCACCUAACUUCAUCAACAGUACAUAUAGGGUCCCAGCCAUAGCACUAGACACAAAACAUCUUUUUAACUUUGUCUAAUUUCUUUAGCAAAGAUACUAAACACAACUCACCUGUUUGUAGCUGUUUGUAGCGAGACCUUGGUCCAGUCCAUUACCGCUGCAGGGUGAAGCAGCUCAAGGAAGAACAUUUAUGAUCAUUACUUUAUCAUUUCCUUAAAGUGAUAAUCACCAUAUUAAUCAUUUUGCACUGCAGACGUGGUAGUUCUUCUGCCUUAGAGUCUCAGUCUGAUUGCAUUUCCAUGAAGAAAUAAUCAGAAAUGUUCUUCCUUGAGCUGCGUCACCCCGCAGCAGUCCGUGAUGGACUGGCCCAAGGUCUCGCUACGAACAAAUGGCUGCUGGAAGAGAGAAGGUGAGUUGUGUUUAGUCUCUUUGCUAAAGAAUAUUAGACAAAGUUAAAAAGAUGUUUGGUGGCAAGUGCUAUGGCUGGGACCCUAUAUGUACUGUUGAUGAAGUUAGGUGCUGUUCUGAGCAUUAUUUGUGACUAUAGAGUGGCGUUUUGGUUGAGGUUUGUUUAUGACUCCUCAGACCGCUGUGUAUUGCUAUCGUGCGGUCGUUACUGAAGUUGGUAUAACUAGAGAAGCAAGCGGUCAGCAACAUUCAUCUCUCGACGGGGCUGUAUAACUCAGUGUUACGGUGUGUUUGACCCCAAAUUAAUUUUACGCCAGAAUAUCCCUUUAACAUUAAUAAUAAUGUUCUCCAAAUAAUACCAGAAUGAUCUCACUGUUUUUGUUCAUUAGUCAAACACACUCACUGUAAAAGCUCUGUGUGUGUGUUCAGGUAGCGCUUAGGCAAUGUGAAAUUUGAGCCCCUGACCUGCUCUCAAGUCUCAGUGUGGUAAACUUCAAUGAAUGACUCAUCGCACCUCGGCAGGUUUUAAACAGAAACCCCAGCGUCAUUUGGCAAUUUUAUAUGCCAGAGUUUUAGCCACAGACGUGUCCUAACAGUGGCGAGUUUCAUUAUCAUUAUUGAGGAAAGAGAUAAAUCCCCUGUCGUACAAUUCCCAGAAAACUUUCCAAGAGGGGAAUCUAAUCCUCAGCACCCAAACAAAACCAACAGAUGAGUCAGAUAGGAUCAAAUCUUGCUGCACAUUACAAGGAAAACAUUGAGAUGAUAAUGAAAGUUUUUUUUUCCUUGCACUUUUUUUUUCCAUGGAAUUUUUUAUCAUGGUAAUUUGAUGUUUGUUGAUAUCUGUUGCUGGCAAACUCAUCUUUUGAAAAGUGUUUGUAGCUCUCAUGUCCUCUAAGUACUUAUUUCUGAUUUACUAAAAAAUGUCAGAGAUCAGGUGAGGCACUUGGCCAUCUUGAUAUCAGCCCCACAAAAACCCCAAAAUAUGCCUCAUCCCUCAGAUCUUUCUGUACUUGCAUUGAAGGGUCUUCCUGUGCUGUUAUGAUUAGGAGACUGUAUGGUUGUGUGUAAUGCCCCCCCCCUGUUUCCCCUUGGGGUCGUGUAGUGUGUAUGGAGCAGUGUGAGAGCGCAGCGGCUCUGCUGGAGUCGGUCAGGGAGCAGGAGGUGCAGUUUGAACAGCUGACCCGGGCGCUGGAGGAGGAGAGGAGGAGAGUGGGCCUCCCAGCCACCAGCCCCUCGGCCCUGGGUCGCCCCCUCCCUCAUACACAGGUAACACCCCCCAACCGACCCCAGCCCUCCCUGAUCACAGUCUCUCGUAGGCGUUCACCGCCCUCAUCUUUCAUUCACAUUCAAUCCAUGGAUCAUCAUUUCCUCUAUUCAAUCCUCAAAAGUUCCUCCGACACCUGCUGCAUCAUCAUUCAUCUCUCUCGCUCUGCCCCAACUCCUCUCCGCCAGCGCUCAGCGAGUUAGCAUCCAUGAGUGUUUGUGUACAUCAUCAUGAUAUACAUCUUCUUCUCUGACACCCUGAGUCCAUCUGUCUUUCCGCCCUCAUCUGCAAACACAUCCGCCCGCACAUACCUCCACCAAACAUGCCUGAGAUGGUCAUCAUGUCAGCAUGCCUCGUCUGUCACUCUCCGGAUGUGCUCCACGCACACACAAACACCUUUCACGGCCCCUUCUGUGGAAUGUCAGUUAUUCCCUUUCCUGUCGAAGCAUGUUGUGUUUAUGAAUGAGGUCAUGUGUCGUGCAUGUGUGUCACAUAGUCCCGCAUCCAGCCUGGUUUCUUCAUCAUUAAGGAGGACGUAGUUUUAAAUUAUAAUCCUUCAAUUAAUUUCUAAUCUGUAUUUUAUUUAUACUAAAUGUUCUUUUGCAUGCAACUUUCUUUUGAUUGACAAUUUUAAAUGCUGCCUGAUUCAAGUUAGAUGUGAUGAUUGUCUUCAACAGCUUACAUUGGUAAUUGCAUGGUGUUCACCAUCGGAUAUUUUAAUUUUUCUCUUCUUUUAAUUUUAUUCAUUUAUUUUAAAGGAUCAUUGUCACAUUUUAUCACUGCAGUGUCAAUAUACCUGAAAACCCCUAUCACAAUUCCUCAGAGCCUUGUUUUAACUAAUAGGCAGUCUUCAGUAGUACAGUUACUACCACAGAUGACAAGAUGAUCAAGAAGUUUCUUCAUAUCGGAAUUUCUGAUUUUUUUGAAUAAUGGCUUUUUCUGAAGAUUUUCUGAUAUGUGAUUUAUGACUUUUAUGUUACAGACCACCAGGUGUCUUGCUAUGGUCAUAACAUCAUAAUUAUUAUUAUUAUAACAGUUAACAUAUAACAUUAUUAUAACAGUUCUGAUAAAACUCAGGUUAUCUGGUUAAACAAAGCCCCAUUUGAUGCCUUGUUGCAGGGUUCCUACACAAGUAUGGAAAAGUAUGGAAGUCGUUCGAUCAAUUUCCAGGUCUUAAUAAAGUAUGGGGAAAAUAUUUAUGUUCCCAGACUCUUACCACAGUUCAAAAGUACCGUUUUCUACAAUAGAAAAGUAGGUAUUUCCAAAAAUAAUUCCAAAAAGUAGGGUAUGGAAAAGUAUGGAUAUUCCAACUGUAGGAACCCUGUUAUUGUUGUCCUCUUUAGUUGCCUCUAUCAAAUGACUUCUCUUUUCCAGAGAAAACGUUGCCUUAGUGCCUCUGGGGCUAAAAGAGCAAUUAAAGGAAAGCCAUUAUCAGUCUGCCUGCAGCCAACACUAAAGGUCAGGCUGGGCUGUAUCCAGGGUUGACAUUUUAGAACUUGUUUAAUCACUGAGUUUCAAAUGUUAGUAACUCUGAGCCUGUUCCCAAAUAUUUCCCUUUCUUUAAAAACCUUCUACAGUGAUAAGUUUGGAUGUUAUGUCUCUCUAGAGCCUUGGAAGUGACAUAUUUGAUAAGUCUAUGGCAGCUGGAGGGUGAGGGUGACCGGGAGAGCAGGAAUCAGAAGUUUUAGCUGAGUGUGCACUGAGAAUGAUUUUAUAUUGAAACAUAUUCAGUGGUAAAGCUUCUCGGAUCCAACAUAAAUGCUGAUAAAUGAUGUGGUUUUUACAGAAAGACUAGCUGCAGAGGAAGUGUGCCCUUCUUGUACUAAAAGCAUAAUCUGCACUUGUAUUGCUCUUAAAUAGCAGACCUGCCUCCCUGUGGACACGAAAUAAAGUGCAGUGAGGCAUCACACAGCAAAUAAAGUCAGAGGCAGUAUUCGAUAAGGCUCACAACAACCUGAUCUUUUCCUACAUAAGUCAAUAUUAUCACAAGAAUACUGAAAGUCUUGGUUGGGGAACAGUUGCUGGAAAAUAUCAGCCGAGUUACUCAGUGAGGAUGUAUCAGCUGGAGGCUGUUUCUGCUAACUGAGGCAGUUAUGUUGCAUAAAAGUGAGUGCUGCUCGAGGUAAGGUAGAAAGUGUCCAAGUCAUGCAGGCAGUGUGACAGUCAUUGGUUAUGUAAGAGAAGAAAGCAGGAGGAAGUCGGGUGUGAGGAUGAGUGGCUGCUCUCCAAAAUGUCCUCCCUCAUGUCUGGCAGCGUUUUCUGGACCAUCAACAUGCAGGGAUGGUUUGGUCAGCACUGAAUGUGCUUCAGCAGCAGUAAAAUCAUCUACGUGGUCGAGAAAGUAGACAGCACUGGCAACUGUAAAAGCAUGCCUUCUCAUCACAUGUAUAUGUUGUUGUUUUUUCAACAUGUUUGAUGUUUAUUUCUCUUUCUUUGAACGCAGAACGGGCGUUUAGGGGAUGCAGACAUAGAGCGACUAAAACUCACUGACGCAUAUAUUAACGGCACACAGGUUUGUGUUUGUGUCAUCAUUCAUUUAUGAGAUACGAAGUAGCCAUGGUUUGAGCAUGUAAACAUAUUCAAUGUCUCUGCUACAGUACAGAAUGGUGGACCCUGCACACGGCGCUCUAGAUGAGAGCUACACACCAGAGGACGAGUCCCAGGAAGUGCACUCUGUGUUUUCAGAAGAGGGAACUGCACGGCGCCAAGACAAUGGCGUAAGUGACAUCACAUGGGCUCUGGCUAACAUCUGAUUUUAAAACUCUGGUAAAAGCACAUUUAAAAGAGUUCAUUAUUCAAAUGGUUGAACUGUGAUUGUUUUGAUUCAUCCAGAUGAAGAAACCAGUCUCACGCACAGUCCUGCCCUCGGACUCGAUGUCUAUCGACGGGGGCUUAUCGGUGUCCGGUAUGGGCGGCUACAGCGCCACACUCGACCGUCCUUAUAGGCCGCCUGUAGCAGGAGACUACCCCACAGCCACAGUGCCCAGAAACUACCACUAUGGCCCUGUAGGAGGUUAUGAUGAUUACCGUGGAGGCCCACCAUCAGAAGCAUACACCAGCCUGAGCCGGGGUUCACACAUGGACGACCGCUACAGGUACAAAACGAAGGCUUUGAACAUUUUCAUUGACGGUAUAUAUUUUUUAUGAAAGGUUUUUCAAGUUUUUUAAAGUAUAAUGUUGUUUUUGGCACCAGUGAGGGGAUUUCCACACAAAUUUCAUGGUGCUGCCAGAUCAAAAAAAUGAUAUUUUUACAUCUGUCACACACACACACUGGAGGAGGAGACACCAGGCCUGUGAUUAGUCACUGUGUGUGUGUGUGUGUGUGUGUGUGUGUGUGUGUGUGUGUGUGUGUGUGUGUGUGUGUGUGUGUUGAAAAUUAUAAAUGUUUAAUUGCCAUGAAAUAUGCCGCUGACACGCUGCAUUUACUCCAUCAUUGUGGAUUGAAUGGUUAAAAAUUCUGAACUUCCUUUCCUUCCUUCUUUAGCCUUCAUAGACAAAACAGCUUUACACUCCAUUUCAAUUAUGAAGCAUGUCUGGGAUUGAUAGGAGCAGAAUUUAUAUCAUAGAAACAUUUAAUAACUUUCUGUACGGUGAUCACAGACAGACCUUUAAAUUCUUUCACACCAAAUUUAGGAUUGUUUCUGUGUCAGUCGGUGAAAGUGAGAUAUAUUACAGGACUGGGUCUCACUUUUAAGCCUUUCUUACUUUUGUUUUCCCUUCUUCCUACAGGCCUGUCGAUGGUUAUAGGACCCUGGACUCAGGCUACCGUGCUCCGAGCCGGCAGCAGCUCGACCCAUAUGCAGCACAGCCUCAGGUGAGCCGAGGGAUGAGGGCUCUGGGCUCAGCCAUGGAGAUGCGGUAUGGCCACGCUCCUUAUGGUCUGGAGGAUGACCAGCGCAGCAUGGGAUAUGAUGACUAUGGAAUGGGGCCCCCACCCAUGCACCCCGGUGGCUACGGCACUAUGCCACGCCUGGGGCCCGGACCCGGGGGUAUUGACAGACGAAGACUCAGGUAACCCCCCGCCUUGUUAGCCCAUCUGAUGGUCUCUGCGAAGCUAAUAGAAAACACUGAAUCAAUAUUUUGUGACAAACUUUGACAAUGUUCCUCCGUCCCUCUCUCUCUGGCGUACAGGAGCUGUGAGGACACUUUGGAUGGUGACAUGGGAGGCGUUGACCCUUACGCCUGGGCGCCCAUGGCGAUGGAGAGGGGAAGCAUGGCAUCACUGGACAGUACACUAAGGAAGGGGCCUUCUGGUCCAUGGAGACAGCCGGAUCUCCCUGAGGUCAUCGCCAUGUUGAACUACCGUCUGGACCCGGUCAAGACCAACGCCGCUGCCUUCCUGCAGCAUCUCACAUUUAAAAACGAUAAGGUGAAACAAAGAUGAAAUGCAGAACAGAAGAACUUCACAAAAAUGUGUCUUAAGAUGUUAAAAUGAUUUCUCAUAUUCUGUAUCAGAGCCUUAGAAUUUAUUUUGUCUGUAUAGGUGAAGUCAGAGGUGCGGCGCCUUAAAGGUAUCCCAGCUCUGGUGUCACUGCUGGACCACCCAAGUAAGGAUGUGCACCACUCAGCAUGUGGAGCACUGAAGAACAUUUCAUAUGGGAGAGACCAAGACAACAAGAUAGCCAUCAAGAACUGCGAUGGAGUGCCAGCUUUGAUCAGAUUACUAAGAAAAACCCACGACCAGGACUUGACUGACACUAUAACAGGUAUCUACGUCCUGUUUAACCAUUUUCUUGUUUCUCUGCUCUGCAUUUUAACUCGCAAAGAAUCUUUUGGUUGAGUAAAAAAAACAUCAGACCAUUUGAAAACUGUAAAAACAGUCACUCAUAGUUGAAAUUUGAUUCAUUGAAAGACGAACCCCCUUUUUUUCUUGCAAUAGUCGUAACAGAAGUAAUUUUAAUCCCCCCAGGCACCUUGUGGAACCUCUCAUCCCACGACUCUGUAAAGAUGGAAAUUGUCGACCACGCCCUGCAUGCCCUGGCUGAUGAGGUGGUCGUCCCUCACUCUGGCUGGGAGCGAGGGAGCAACGGUGGAGAGGAGAGCUGCAAACCACGCCAUCUGGAGUGGGAGACCGCCUUGACCAACACUGCUGGCUGCCUUAGGUAUGCAAGGGAUCAAGGGAUGGAACGUGGAAAAUUUUGAAAAGGGUCAAAAAGGGAGUUAUUCUGAGAAGGAAACGUAUAAUUAUGCGCUCAACUCGUCCCUCUCCAACAGGAAUGUGAGUUCAGAACGCAGCGAGGCCAGACGAAAGCUGAGGGAGUGCACAGGAUUAGUGGAUUCACUCAUGUACAUUGUUCAAUCCCAGAUCAACCGCAAAGAUGUCGAUAACAAGGUACCAGACGACAGGUUUUAAACAGACUUACUGAUUUUCUUUUUACCCUAAAAUAUUUCUCACUUCGUGUCGGUCUGUGAUCUUGUCGUUCACUCCUCCUCUCCUCCUGCAGUUGGUAGAAAACUGUGUCUGCCUCCUUCGGAAUCUCUCCUAUCACGUUCACCGCGAAGUCCCCGGCUGUGAGCGCUAUGCAGAGGCCACGCCUCUUAACCAAGGGCCAGUCCCCGCUAACAAGGGUGGCUGCUUCGGAUCUCGAAAGGGCAAAGGUCAGUGUCAAACAAAUACUACCGCUCAGAGUUACAUAAGAUUCGCUGUUGAUAUGUGGGGAGCUGCUGGUGUGUGAGCUUCUUGGUGGCAGAUGCACCUGUCGCUAUUUUUCACACUCUACCACUGUUUCCCUCCUUCCCCUCUCCUCUCUCCUCUCUCCUCCCACUUCCCUCAUACCUCCCCCCGUUCUUCCUCCCACUUGCUUUCACUUCCUCGUGUCUCUGCUGUGUUUAGAUGAGUGGUUUUCCAAAGGUAAGAUUCUUCUCUUGGUGUUCUCGUAAGCUUUUUGAAACUAUUGACCACUCCUGUGGUAGCUCAUUGUACUAACACAGAAAACAGGACAAAUCUAAUGAAAGAGGAAUGUAAAAGAAAGUCGAGUUCACGUCCACUUCAUUAACACGAUCGCCUGACGUCACGCAGAUGGCAUUGCAUGUUCACAGUGCCCGCUCCACCUGUUGCAUGGUCACUUAUCUCAUCCCGGACCUGCCAGAACAGAAGACUGAAGAGAACUGACUGCUCAUCUCAUCCCACUUCACAUUACUGCUGUCGUUUCUCCAGCUAAAACAUUCAUGUUCUUUCUUCUUUCUUUGCUGCAGGUAAGAAAGAUGGAGACGAUGGGAGUGGAGAUCAGGUUGACAUUCCAAAGAGGACAACACCUGCCAAAGGUAACCAUGUCCCACCUGCUCCAAUAUAAGACAAACCUAGUUUUUGACUGUUUGUGUUGAGGCAACAAAUAAAUGACUUUCUCUCUUCCUGUUUCAGGUUAUGAGUUGUUGUUCCAGCCAGAGGUCAUUCGCGUUUACACGUCACUGCUAAGAGAGAGCAAGAACCCCUCAGUCCUGGAGGCUGCUGCCGGCGCGAUCCAAAACCUGUGUGCCGGCCGAUGGACUGUAAGUGUGAUUUAAGAAGAUGAAGGCUUUGACUUUGAAAUCAAUGAAUGAAGGUUUGGUUGUCGUUCUUCAUGCAGUGUCAGAGUUGAUAUUUACAGCUUGCUCUCUUUCUUCUUCGGCUUCAGUACGGUCGGUAUAUCAGGGCCACCGUGCGUCUGGAGAAAGGUCUUCCCAUGAUGGCAGAACUGCUGGCUCAUGGAAAUGACCGAGUGGUAAGGGCGAUGUCCGGAGCCCUGAGGAACCUCGCCAUCGACAACCGUAACUGCGAACUGCUCGGUAAGGACGUCUUCUCCUCUACGGGAUUGUGACUUUAUCUUUCCCUUUAAAAUCGAAUGCUCCAUAAACCUCGGGAUUUGUAACACUUCAGAUAUUGACUUAUUUGUGUUCAUGCUGCAGGGUUGCAUGCAGUGCCUCAUCUUGUGGCCAACCUUCCCGGAGGCCAGAGUCAGUCUGGGCGCGCUCUGUCAGAGGAGACAGUGGUGUCUGUACUGAGCACGCUCGCUGAGGUGCUAGGUAACAGUCUGGAGGCAGCAAAGACCCUCCGUGCGUCACAGGGCAUCGAGAGGCUUGUGCUUAUUAACAAGGACGGGUACGGUUGCGCUGCUCAGAAAGCUAAGAUUAUGAUUGAGUGUGUGUUUACUUGUAGUCGUUAGCAUUUCUAGAAGUUUGUGUUACACUGUAAAAAACUUAAAUUCUAAGCACCCUUUACGGAAUCAGGAGUCCAAGUUAUAGUUAAUGUCUUGAGCUUAACAUGACAUAACAAAAGAUCAGGUCUUUAAAGACGAACACCUUGCUAAUCUCUGCAAAAAUAUUUGCGUGUUUUACAGGAAGCGCUCAGAACGGGAGGUGCGGGGGGCCGGUCAGGUGCUACAGCUUGUCUGGGCCCACAAAGAGCUGCGUCGGCCUCUCGAGAAGGACGGCUGGAAGAAGACAGACUUCAUGGUCAACCUCAACCCCACCAGCACCACCAACGGCCCCAGCACCCGAGCCAACGGCACCUAUGAAGAUAGCACCACGCCAUUGUUAGACAGAGGUUGGUCCGACAGUACGAGGCUUCUAAAACCAUUUCAGACCCACAUUCUGGUCAUAAAAUGCAGAUUUCAACGAUCAGGUACCUCAUGAAUCUCACUUUGGCUUCAUUGCAGGAGAAAAGAGGGAUGUGAUUCCACUAAACGACCUUGGCCCUGGUUGGUUGAUUUAUCCUCCAGUAUUUUUUAAGUAUCUCAUAUAAACUGUGUUUUUAAAGUUGGUGUGUCUCAUUUUUAUCGUCUUUGUUUAUUUCUCAGAGGCCUACUCUACACUGGACCAGAGAGAGAGGAGGCACACUCUGGAUGAAACCACAGACACUUUACCGGUACUUUAAACUAGUCUGGAGCUUGCUUCUCUGUUGGGUUGCUCACUUAACGACACUAAUCCUCUCUCUCCUGCACUACUUUGAGUAUUUCCUGACUUAAACCUUUUUCGUUUGGAAACAACUUCACUUUUACUGACAUUGGUCUUUUCUCACACUCACUCCCUCUCUCUCUUCUCUCUCUGGUUGUCUCUCAGCGAGGGGUAUAUGGGGGCAGGAAGGGCUCCUUGCCCCUGUUGGACUCCUACGAUGGUUAGCCCUCCCCCCUCCCCUCUACCCCCUCUGCAUGUAACAGCAUGGUAUGUCCAACUGACCUCUCGUCCUGCAUGGACUCAGUCAGCUCUCUUCCUUUUGUCUUUAUUAAUUCAAACCCUCAGUAAAACCUGGUCUCUGUCUAUGACGGUGUACUAGAACACUGGUGUAGGUCUCUGUACUGAUAUUUAACUCUACUAAGCCCCGAUGUCAUGUCUACAUGCUGGUAUAGUAUGCUGCAAGGCUGGUGUGGUUCUCCAGUCUGCCAGUGUUAUGAUGAACUCAAAGCUUUAUUAAUUUUUCCUCAGAACAGGAGAUUUAAAUCUGUGCAGUAGAUUUGUUUAACUUGGAUAUUUAUACUUGUUUAAGAUAAAGCAUUAAUACAAGAACUACUGCACAACACAGGGAAAAACAGAGUUAAAUGUUACACAUCAGGGUCUUUUUUAUCUCAGAUUUAUUUUUAUGUAUCAUCCAAUACACUCCCCUCAAUAUAAGUAAACAUGUUUUAAAGUUAAUGUCCUCUAAACGAAAGCCAAGCAUCAAAGUUUUCAGAUGCAGCUGAUCCUCUUACCAGCUGUUCCCAUCAAUCAUUUAGCCGUCUCUGAGUGCCCUCUUGUGGCCUUAUAGGGCACAGCAACAACAGUCGUUGACACUGAUGGAUAAUUUUCCAAGUCUAACAACUCCAAUAUUGAUUAUUGACUUUUUAAAGAAAUAUGUGUACACAAAUGCCUGUAUUUGAAUUGAUGACAUUCCAUAGCUCUGCUUUUAAAUUAUCUUUGCCAAACUUAUUGAAGACAGAGACUAAAGGAUUCUUCACUCUGUAGAUUUACAGCCUUACAGCUGCUUUACUCGAUUUUUCAGGCUGAAUGUUUUUCUUAUUUUGCCACAAGGUUCUAGUCUAAGACCUAACACCUUUAGUUACUGAUAACAGUCAUUUUAUCCAAUAGAAAUGACACUUUACUCUCAGUAUACUCGUUUUCACACAUUGUAAUGAUAUUUUAGAGCAGUGGUUCUCAAGUCCAGUCCUCGAGCCCCCCCUGUCCUGCAUGUUUUGGAUGCUUCCUGCUCCAACACACCUGAUUUAAAUGAUCAGCUCGUUAUCAAGCUCUGUAAUGGCUUAAUAACGAGCUGAUCAUUUAAAUCAGGUGUGUUGGAGCAGGGAACAUGCAGGACGGGGCUCGAGGACUGGACAUGAGAACCACUGUUUUAGAUAAAGUUAUGUCGAUAUAGUGUGUCUUUGUAUCUAUUCACAGAACAAGUGUCUGAUUACAAACAAAAAACAGUCUCACAUUUUGUAAUGGGUUAUAUCUUAGUGAUGUAAUACUAAUUAUGAAUAAUAAACUCUACUUUAUAUUAAUGUUGAAGGAUUGUUGACACUCACUACUGCACAGUGUGCCAUACUUAUACCACGAGUCCUUGUGUUGCCUCCGUGUGUAGUGUGUAAACCUGAUAUUUCAGAUUCUGUGCUUGGGUUGUGUCUUUGGUUAAUCAUCAUACUUUUGCUCUGACUCCCCAGAAAAACUGAUAGUGUGCAUCACUCAGACUGGGCCGUCCCUGCCCUACCACUGCUACUGA